AUGCGUGACACGCCCUUGCGAUCAGCUUAUCGACUCUACGAGCUUUACGUCACUAACCACUAUGCACUGAUGGGAUGGGAAACGGAAUAUUUCUUCUAUCAACCGAAGUGGAGCUUAAGAGAUAUCCCCGAUCCAAAAGAUACAGAUCCUCUCCGAUAUGCCAUUAUUGCCUCUAUUAUCGAGGAACUGCAAGAGUCAAUAAACUGGAGGUUGGGUCUAGGACUACGAAGAACUGGACAGCAUGUGUAUCGCGAAACAGACGAUGCUCCAUGGCCUCCGUUCAAGCCCGAAGAGCUUCCUGCUUGGACAGCAAAUGUACCAGCCAUCGACAAAGACUUGCUGAAGAAGUCUGUACCAUCUAGCUUUUUAGAUACAGAUGGAAACCUGGUUCUGGAGAAGGAUGGCAAGAGUCCAAAUUUCGCGAAGCGGAAUGUCAUUACGAAUACAGGCUGGCUUUAUACCAUUUAA